AUGGGACCAAGCAAGCCAACCAUGUCUGAUGCUACAUUUGCAUUUGCUACCCAGCCAGCAAAGACUUCGCAAACACAGCUGCAGUUUAAUAGAAAUGUUCCUGCAGUUCCAGAGAACUUGGCUCUCAGAUUCUCUAACCCUUGUCCAAUUGUAAUAGAAAAACUGAAGGCAUCCAAUAAUCAGAGAAAUCUAGCUGGAAGUGAGGACCCCAAUGUAAGAAGCUUUGGCAUGUUUUCAGCAGCAUCUGAGGAGAGGCUAAAAUUGGCUAUUCAGCUAGCCAGAAGGGACAUAAAACGAAGAUAUCUUGAAGAGCAAGUGAAACAGCAGAUGUUUGGAGAUGCUAUUGAUAAACCAUUCUUGCCCCAGAAGACACCACAGCAGAAGAAAGUAGUAUUGGGAAGUCCAGAAAUUAAAAAUGCACCGAAGUCUCAAACUUGCUUGAAGAACAAACAGAAACUUGGUCAGCCUGGUCAGCCUUCCAAAGGGGAGACUACCAGCUCUGGUGCUAAGGUGUACCUCUACACACCAAAUGAGGGAAAGUUAAUACCAGCUGUUCUGGACUCCCCACCCACCCAUGACACAGGACUGAAUCUCAAGCCAAACGUAGACAAAAAAGAAGAUAAACAUAUGCAGGAAGUCCGACGGCUGCAAAAAGAGUUGAGGAGCUACGUUCAGAAAAUUGAAGAACUGACUAAAAAAGGGAGAGAGAGAGAAAUUUUAGACCCUGAUAAAGAGCAGCAAGUUUGCACUAGGAGACAGAAACAAGCUUCACGGUCAGCUCGGAUGCUCUAUGUACUCCAGCAACAGGUAAAAGAAAUUCAGGAUGAUUUAGAGAAACUGAGUUCUCAUAAAAUCAGACAUACUAAAAAGUCUCGAGCAAUAUCCAGAUUAGGAGCAGCACACAGAGGAGCCAUACGAGCCUUGCAGGCAUUUGCCCAUCAGUUCACAGAUCAAACAGAGCAGCAGAUUCCUACCCACUACAAGGAACUGGGCAGUCUCAUUCGGCAACUGUCUCUCUGUUCUGCCAAGCUAGAAGUGGAUUCUUCCAUUUCCGACAUUGUCGUAGAUAUUUUGCUGCAACUUGAGGAUCUGGAUUCACUGCUGGAAAAGAAGCAAACACCCCAAAAAUUGAAGAAAUGUAUUUCAGCAUCUCAGGGUAAAUCUUCAGGGAGCACUGAGACAUUUCCAGCCAGAAAGCAGCUUACGUCUCCAAAAGGAGAAAAUAAACCUCUCGGCUUAAAGAGACAGCAUAGACAAGAACGUAGAAAACCUCCAGCUGCCAGAAGUCUCUUGACUGCAGUUCAGAAAGCAAACAGUUGUGCUCAUAUAUUGCAAAAUAAAUUCCAAGAAGAAAAUGACCCACCUACUCCAGGGAGAAAUGCCGCUUUACGAGGAAACGUAGAUGCACUGGUGAGAGGCAGAGCUGUAAAAAAAGAUCCCAUCCUUGAAAGGAGCCCUUUGAAGAAGAGAGGCGUGUUAUUACCUGCAAAAUCGCAGGGAAUGCUGAAAUCUCUAAAAUCAAAACGUGCACAGCCUCAAGGAAAGCAUGCCCGAUUUCAAGAGACAACUAUAGCUUUCCAGCUAAAGGAGAACAAACGACUCAUUAAGGAUCGCAGAAUACCCGACGUGCCUCCAAACCGUGCAUCUCCACCUCUGGCACCUAAGCAACUAGCAUGACUUGAAGCAGAAACUUCAAGUGGGGUUCUAACUGACCUCAGCAGAUGAGAAAUGAAAAAAACACAAAGGUCACAAAGUGCUUCUCCAACCCAGUGUGCCGACAAAGUUGAGAAGACACUACAGGACUGCUUAGAACCUCUAUUGGAAAGGAUGCAGCAGCUUGAAGCAAAUGCAGAUAUUCUGAGUGAAAAGCGAUUGGAUGAUCUUUUGGAAGAUUCUGCUCAGGAACUAUAUAAUAUGCAGCAGCACGAGAGGCUCCAGACCGAGGCGCUGCCUAUGGCUGACACUCAUAGUCUGGAGUCAAUGUUGCAAAGAAUGGAAGAAAUCGAAAGGUACCAGGAGGCUGUACGCAGGAGAUUCACCCGGAUUGUGUACAGUGAUUCAGAGUUCUGCACCCAGGAAGACAAAACGGAACAGCAAAUUUCAUCAAUAGCUAAAAGACCUACAUCUCCUCAUCCGAUUCAGAUAACAAAAUCAGUUAGACACACAGAGCCAGAAACUGCCAUUUUAUUUGGAAAACUUUCUGAUGGCAAUGAUAUUGAUGAAAACGAAGAAGCAGAGGAGAAACUGCAGAGUGGAAUUGACAUUCUGCAGCCCUUGACUCGGAAUUCUCUACAGAAAGAGAGCUCUGUGUCUCUCUCUGUGCCAAAGCAUAUGCUCCAGAGCAUCUUGGAUUAUAACAGCAGAUACAGGCAUCACUUAAAGCUCAUUUCUCAUGAGGCAGUAGGCAGUUUCAAUCCAUGGCAGAUUGCUGAGAGUCUUGCAGAGCAACUAACAGAAGAAGCCCUGUGCGACGUGGCAGCAGAACUGCAGGAUGUUUGUGAGGAUUAUGCAGAAGCUGUGUUCACAUCAGAGUUUUUGCAGCCAGCUCAGUAA